GUCUCAAAUCCUAGGAGCCAGAGAGCCGUAGGGAUUGGAUAGAAAGCAUGUCAAUUUUGCUUAUAUUAUUCUCUACGUUGGCCUUAUGAGGUAGCUUGUUUGGUCUUCAAAGCUUACCAAAUCACCAACAAUGAGAUUGUUGAUGCAUGUGCCUCUGCAUCUAGAAAUUCUUGAAAUUAUCAGAUUGUUUCCAUGGAGACAUGAUGUUUGGUUUUAUUUAUUUUCUUUGGGAAUUCAUGGAAUUCAAUUUUUGUUUUUACCAUGUGCGUCUAUUUCUUCGUGAAAAUUGACGUUAGACAUAUUGUGGACAUGAUGCCUAGAGAAAAGUUUCUAGACUAAAAGUUCUUUAUUUAUUUAUUUUUUUUUUUCUGAUUUUCCCUUAGAAAUCAAUUGAGCAAGAUAAAUUCAUUAAAUGCUGGUCAAUGUAUUAGAUCUAAAAGUCAUAAGCACAUUCAUUCAAGAUCUAAAACUCCAAGCGCUUUCUUUAUGCUUAAAAUUUUACAGAAAAAAGAGAGUAUUUUGAGUUAAAUGUUUUUGUGAAAUUUAUCUUCUUAAUGAACAUGCUGGUAAACAUCUUUCAACAGUCUCUUCCCAAUUUUUUCUUUCUAGGAUCUAAUAUUUACGUGUAGACAUGCUACAUUCAUGCAUCUGUGGGCUGGCUGGUGCCCGUGACUUUGUUUUCUUGGUGCUGUGCUACCAACCAUGCGGAUGAUGAGAAGCAAUUGGAGCACUACUUAAAGAAAAUCCAAAGAGAAUUUAUACAGAGACAAGUUGUUGAUAAAAUUACCAUCAAAGUGAAGGAAUUGAAUUAAACCAACUACUUGGAGGUUCGUGUAACAUUGUGCGUUUGUUACCAGAAGUACCUUUGCAGAAGCAGCAUAGCUUUAAAUAGGGGAGCAUUAUGCACGGAUGUGAUCGCACCCAUUCAAUGUUCAAAGAUAUCGGAGGAAUGCUUUCAUCUUUUCUAGCCUAUGGGACACAGUUAUCACUUUGAGCUUAUUUCCUGGGAGAGGUUGUUGGAAGCAGAACUACUUGCGCAGAUGGAAGAGGUGAGACUGGUUUGAGGAAGGGCAGAUAUAGCUGGGUCUAGAGUGUCCAGAAAUCAAGAAAGUACUUUACAACUGAAUGCCAUGAGUUGCUCUCUACCACUCGCCCUGUUCUGUUGAAGCAUGGAAGAUUACAUUAUAUUUUUCUUCUAUUUCAAUGUUAUUUUGCUAUGUAAUGUUAUGGUUGUCCUCAUUUGGACGAGAUCUCUAACAAUAUAAUCCUGAACACAUGGCGCCAUGUUUUGUGGCAAAGUUAUCAAAGGAAAUAUCUUAAGUUGGAGUAGGUAGUAGGUACACCUUUCAAUUGUAAUGGUUGCUAAUAUAUUACGCAACCUCUUUUCAUUUUGAGUUUGUCAAGUUAAUGAGAGGAAAGGGAAGGAGAUUGUUCUGCUUCUCUACGCUUAAUAUCAACUUUCCAGGUAGACAAAUUCUGGUGAUAAAUUUUCAAAUAUUUUUCAAUGUUCACAAACUCUAGUGACUUAAUUAAAAAAUUUUCAAAUAUUUU